CUGACCGGAUAGCGGGAGAAAGAGUCUCCAGCCCAGGCGAGGCGUGGGGACUGGCGCGAGAGGCAGAGCGAGGGUGUGUGAAGAGGGGAAGACCGGCGGGGACCGCAGGGCGCGCGCGGAUGUCGGUGUUCCCGGGGCCAGGGAUGCCCUCUCCAUCUUUGGUAGUAAAUCUUCUUUCAGUUUUUCUUAUCUCUUUUGUAUUUGGAGAAACAGAAAUAAGAUUUGCUGGACAAACAGAAUUUGUUGUUAAUGAAACAAGUACAACAGUUAUUCGUCUUAUCAUCGAAAGGAUAGGAGAGCCAGCAAAUGUUACUGCAAUUGUGUCGUUGUAUGGAGAAGACACUGGUGACUUUUUUGACACAUAUGCUGCUACUUUUAUACCCGCUGGAGAAACAAAUAGAACAGUGUACAUAGCAGUAUGUGAUGAUGAUUUACCAGAACCUGAUGAAACUUUUAUUUUUCACUUAACAUUGCAGAAACCUUCAGCAAAUGUGAAGCUUGGAUGGCCAAGGACUGUUACUGUGACAAUAUUAUCAAAUGACAAUGCAUUUGGAAUUAUUUCAUUUAAUAUGCCUUCCUCAAUCACAGUGAGUGAGCCCAGGGGCAGAAAUGAGUCUGUGCCUCUUACUCUCAUCAGGGAGAAGGGAACCUAUGGAAUGGUCACUGUGACUUUUGAGAUAGAGGAUGGCCCAAAUCCCCCUGAAGAAGAUUUGAGUCCAGUUAAAGGAAAUAUUACCUUUCUCCCUGGCAGAGCAACAGUACUUUAUAACUUGACAGUACUUGAUGAUGAGGUACCAGAAAAUGAUGAAAUAUUUUUGAUUCAACUGAAAAGUGUAGAAGGGGGAGCUGAGAUCAACACCUCUAGAAAUUCAGUUGAGAUCAUCAUUAAGAAAAACGAUGGUCCUGUGAGAUUCAUGCAGAGUGUUUAUUUGGUCCCUGAGGAAGACCACAUACUCAUAAUUCCAGUGGUUCGUGGAAAGGACAACAAUGGAAAUCUGAUUGGAUCUGAUGAAUACGAAGUUUCAAUCAGUUAUACUGUUGUGACUGGGAAUUCCACAGCACAUGCCCAACAAAAUUUGGACUUCAUUGAUCUUCAGCCAAACACAACUAUUGUUUUUUCACCUUUUAUUCAUGAAUCUUACCUGAAAUUUCAAAUAGUUGAUGACACCAUACCAGAAAUUGCUGAAUCAUUUCACAUCAUGUUAUUAAAAGAUACCUUACAGGGAGAUGCUGUGCUAAUAAGCCCUUCUACUGUACAAGUCACCAUUAAACCAAAUGACAAACCCUAUGGAGUCCUCUCAUUCAAUAGUAUCUUGUUUGAAAGGACAGUUAUAAUUGACGAAGACACAGUAUCAAGAUUUGAAGAAAUUACAGUGGUUAGAAAUGGCGGCACCCAUGGGAAUGUCUCUGUGAACUGGGUGUUGACACGGAACAGCAGUGAUCCCUCGCCGGUGACAGCAGACAUCAGACCAAGUUCUGGAGUUCUGUAUUUUGCGCAAGGGCAGAUGUUGGCACCAAUUCCUCUCACUGUCAUUAAUGAUGAUAUUCCAGAGGAGGCAGAAGCUUAUCUACUUCAGCUUCUGCCUCAUACGAUACGAGGAGGUGCAGAAGUGAGCGAACCAGCAGAGCUUUUGUUCUACAUUCAGGAUAGUGAUGAUGUUUAUGGCCUAAUAACAUUUUUUCCUAUGGAAAACCAGAAGAUUGAAAGCAGCCCAGGUGAACGAUAUUUAUCCUUGAGUUUUGCAAGACUAGGAGGAACUAAAGGAGAUGUGAGGAUGCUUUAUUCCGCACUUUAUAUUCCCACUGGAGCUCUGGACCCCUUGCGAGCAAAAGAUGGCAUCUUAAAUAUAUCCAGGAGAAAUCGCCUCCUUUUGCCAGAACAAAAAACUCAAGUCACUACAAAAUUACCAAUAAGAAAUGAUGCAUUCCUUCAAAAUGGAGCCCACUUUCUUGUACAGUUGGAAUCGGUGAAGUUGGUGAACAUAAUUCCCCUAAUCCCACCCAUAAGUCCUAGAUUUGGGGAAAUCCUAAAUAUUUCAUUACUGGUUACUCCAGCCAUUGCAAAUGGGGAAAUUGGCUUUCUUAGCAAUCUUCCAAUCAUUUUGCAUGAACCAGAAGAUUCUGCUGCUGAAGUGGUUUACAUUCCCUUACAUCGGGAUGGAACUGAUGGCCAGGCUACUGUCUAUUGGAGUUUGAAGCCCUCUGGCUUUAAUUCAGAAGCAGUGACCCUGGAUGAUAUAGGUCCCUUUAAUGGCUCUGUUUUGUUUUUAUCUGGGCAAAGUGACACAACAAUCAACAUUACUGUCAAAGGUGAUGACAUACCAGAAAUGAAUGAAACUGUAACACUUUCUCUAGACAGGGUUAAUGUGGAAAAUCAAGUGCUGAAAUCUGGAUAUACUAGCCGUGACCUAAUUAUUUUAGAAAAUGAUGAUCCUGGGGGAGUUUUUGAAUUUUCUCCUGCUUCCAGAGGACCCUAUGUUAUAAAAGAAGGAGAAUCGGUAGAGCUCCACAUCAUCAGAUCAAGGGGGGCUCUUGUUAAGCAGUUUCUACACUACCGAGUAGAGCCAAGAGAUAGCAAUGAAUUCUAUGGAAACACCGGGGUACUUGAAUUUAAACCUGGAGAAAGGGAGAUAGUGGUCACCUUGCUAGCAAGAUUGGAUGGGAUACCGGAGUUGGAUGAACACUAUUGGGUGGUCCUCAGCAGCCAUGGUGAACGGGAAAGCAAGUUGGGAAGUGUUACAGUUGUCAACAUAACAAUUCUAAAAAAUGAUGAUCCUCAUGGGAUUAUAGAAUUUGUUUCUGAUGAUCUAAUUCUGAUGAUAAAUGAAAGCAAAGGAGAUGAUAUCUACAGUGCUGUUUAUGGUGUAAUAAGAAAUCGAGGCAACUUUGGUGAUAUUAGUGUAUCAUGGGUGGUUAGUCCAGACUUUACACAAGAUGUAUUUCCUGUGCAAGGGACUAUUUUCUUUGGAGAUCAGGAAUUUUCAAAAAAUAUCACCAUUUACUCCCUUCCAGAUGAGAUUCCAGAGGAAAUGGAAGAAUUUACCAUUAUCUUACUUAAUGCCACUGGAGGAGCUAAAGUGGGAAACAAGACAACUGCAAUUCUGAGGAUUAGAAGAAACGAUGACCCCAUUUAUUUUGCAGAACCUCGUGUAGUGAGGGUUCGAGAGGGUGAGACUGCUAACUUUACAGUUCUCAGAAAUGGAUCUGUUGAUGUUAGCUGCACCGUCCAAUAUGCUACCUUGGAUGGGAAGGCUACCGCAAGAGAUGGAGACUUUGUUCCUGUUGAAAAAGGAGAAACACUUGUUUUUGAGGUUGGAAGUAGAGAGAAGAGCAUAUCUGUAUUUGUUAAUGAAGAUGGUAUCCCAGAAACUGAUGAGUCCUUUUAUAUAAUCCUCUUUAAUUCAACAGGUGAUACAGUAGUAUAUGAACAUGGAGUGGCUACUGUGAUAAUCGAAGCUAAUGAUGAUCCAAAUGGUAUUUUUUCUCUGGAGCCCAUAGACAAAGCAGUGGAAGAAGGAAAGACUAAUUCAUUUUGGAUUUUGAGGCACCGAGGACACUUUGGCAACGUUUCUGUGGCUUGGCAGCUGUUUCAGAAUGAUUCUGCUUUGCAGCCUGGACAAGAGUUCUAUGAAACUUCAGGGACUGUUAACUUCAUGGAUGGAGAAGUAGCAAAACCAAUAAUUCUCCAUGCUUUUCCUGAUGCAAUUCCUGAAUUCAAUGAAUUUUAUAUUCUAAAGCUCGUAAACAUUUCAGGUGGAUCUCCAGGUCCUGGGGGCCAACUAACAGACACCAACCUCCAGGUGACAGUAAUGAUUCCAUUCAACGAUGAUCCAUUUGGAGUUUUCAUCUUGGAUCCAGAGUGUUUAGAGAGAGAAGUGGCAGAAGAUGUCCUCUCAGAAGAUGAUAUGUCUUAUAUUACUAACUUCACCGUUUUGAGGCAACAAGGUGUCUUUGGUGAUGUACGAGUAGGCUGGGAAAUACUGUCCAGUGAGUUCACUUCUGGUUUGCCACCAGUGAUAGAUUUUUUACUGGUUGGAAUUUUCCCCAGCACCGUGCAUUUACAGCCGCACAUGCGACGUCACCAUAGCGGAACAGAUGCUUUGUACUUCACUGGAGUAGAGGGUGCAUUUGGGACUGUCAAUCCAAAAUACCACACCUCCAGGAAUAGCACCAUUGCCAACUUUACAUUCUCAGCUUGGGUAAUGCCUAAUGCCAAUACGAAUGGAUUUGUUAUAGCAAAGGAUGAUGGUAAUGGAAGCAUCUACUAUGGAGUAAAAAUUCAAACAAAUGAGUCCCAUGUGACACUUUCCCUUCAUUACAAAACUCUGGGUUCCAAUGCUACAUACAUUGCCAAGGCAACAGUCAUGAAAUAUUUAGAAGAAAGUGUUUGGCUUCAUCUACUGAUUAUCCUGGAUGAUGGCAUAAUUGAAUUCUACCUGGAUGGAAAUGUAAUGCCCAGAGGAAUCAAGAGUCUGAAAGGAGAAGCCAUUACUGAUGGUCCUGGAACACUGCGAAUCGGGGCAGGAGUAAAUGGCAAUGACAGAUUUACAGGUCUGAUGCAGGAUGUGAGGUCCUAUGAGAGGAGACUGACCACUGAAGAACUUUAUGAACUUCAUGCCACGCCUGCAAAGAGUGAUUUACACCCCAUUUCUGGAUAUCUGGAGUUCAGACAGGGAGAAACUAACAAAUCUUUCAUUGUUUCUGCAAGAGAUGACAAUGAAGAGGAAGGAGAAGAAUUAUUUAUUCUAAAACUAGUCUCGGUAUAUGGAGGAGCCCGUAUUUCUGAAGAAAACACUACAGCAAGAUUAGUAAUACAAAAAAGUGACAAUGCCAAUGGUUUGUUCGGUUUCACAGGAGCUUGUAUACCAGAGAUUGCCGAGGAAGGAUCCACCGUUUCUUGUGUGGUGGAGAGAACCAGAGGAGCUCUGGAUUAUGUGCACGUUUUUUACACCAUCUCACAGAUAGAAUCUGACGGCAUUAAUUACCUUGUUGAUGAUUUUGCUAAUGCCAGUGGAACUAUCACAUUUCUUCCUUGGCAGAGAUCAGAGGUCCUAAAUCUAUAUGUUCUUGAUGAUGAUAUUCCUGAACUUAAUGAAUAUUUCCGUGUGACAUUGGUUUCUGCAAUUCCUGGAGAUGGGAAGCUAGGCUCAACUCCCACAAGUGGCGCUAGCAUAGAUCCUGAAAAGGAAACAACAGAUAUCACCAUCAAAGCUAGUGAUCAUCCAUAUGGCUUGCUGCAGUUCUCCACAGGGCCACCUCCUCAGCCUGAGGACACAAUGACUCUGCCCGCAAGCAGCUUUCCGCACAUCACUGUGCAGGAGGAAGAUGGAGAAGUCAGGUUACUGAUUGUUCGUGCACAAGGACUCCUGGGGAGGGUGACUGCACAAUUUAGAACAGUGUCGCUGUCAGCAUUCAGUCCGGGGGACUACCAGAGUGUUGCUGGCACAUUAGAAUUUCAACCAGGAGAAAGAUAUAAAUAUAUUUCUGUCAACAUCACUGACAAUUCUAUCCCUGAACUGGAAAAAUCUUUUAAAGUUGAGUUGUUAAACUUGGAAGGAGGAGUAGCUGAGCUGUUUAGGUUUGAUGGCAGUGGUAGUGGUGAUGGGGACAUGGAAUUCUUCCUUCCAACAAUGCACAAACGUGCCAGUCUAGGAGUGGCUUCUCAGAUUCUAGUGACAAUUGCAGCCUCUGACCAUGCUCAUGGAGUAUUUGAAUUUAGCCCUGAGUCACUCUUUGUCAGUGGAACUGAACCAGAAGAUGGAUACAGCACUGUUAUAUUCAAAGUUAUGAGACGUCAUGGGGCUCUAUCUCAAGUGACUUUGUAUUGGAACAUAGAGUCUGAUCCUGGUGGUGAUCUCGCCUUUACCUCUGGCAACAUCACAUUUGAGAUCGGGCAGACGAGUGCCAACAUCACUGUGGAAAUAUUGCCUGAUGAAGAUCCAGAACUGGAUAAGACGUUCUCUGUGUCGAUCCUCCUUGUCUCCCGUGGUUCUCUGGGAGUUCAUACUAAUGCCACAUUAACAGUUUUGGCUAGUGACGAUCCUUAUGGGGUAUUCAUCUUUUCCGAGAAAAACAGACCUAUUCAAGUUGAGGAGGCAACACAGAACGUCACACUGUCAAUAAUAAGGUUGAAAGGCCUCAUGGGAAAAGUCAUAGUCUCAUAUGCAACUCUAGAUGAUAUGGAAAAACUACCCUAUUUUCCAUCUAAUUUAGCCAGAGCAACUCAAGGAAAAGACUAUAUAUCUGCUUCCGGAUUUGCUGUUUUUGGAGCUAAUCAGAGUGAGGCAACAAUUGCUAUUUCAAUUUUGGAUGACGAUGAACCAGAACGGUCAGAGUCUGUGUUUAUUGAACUACUCAACUCCACUUUAAUAGAGAAAGUACAAGAUCGCCCAAUUCCAAAUUCUCCACGUCUAGGGCCUAAGAUAGAAACUAUUGCCCAUCUAAUUAUCGUCGCCAAUGAUGAUGCAUUUGGAACUCUUCAGCUCUCAGCACCAAUGGUUCGAGUGGCAGAAAAUCAUGUCGGACCCAUUAUCAAUGUGACUAGAACAGGAGGAGCAUUUGCAGAUGUUUCUGUGAAGUUUAAAGCUGUGCCAAUAACUGCAAUAGCUGGUGAAGAUUACAGUAUCGCUUCAUCAGAUGUGGUCUUGCUAGAAGGGGAAACCAGUAAAGCUGUGCCAAUAUAUAUCAUUAAUGACAUCUACCCUGAACUGGAAGAAUCUUUUCUUGUGCAACUGCUGAAUGAAACAACAGGAGGAGCCAAACUAGGGGCUUUAACAGAGGCAAUCAUUAUUAUUGAGGCCUCUGAUGACCCCUAUGGAUUAUUUGGUUUUCAGAUUACUAAACUUAUUGUAGAGGAACCUGAGUUUAACUCAGUGAAGGUAAACCUGCCAAUAAUUCGAAAUUCUGGGACACUCGGCAAUGUUACUGUUCAGUGGGUUGCCACCAUUAAUGGACAGCUUGCUACUGGCGACCUGCGAGUUGUCUCAGGUAAUGUGACCUUUGCCCCUGGGGAAACCAUUCAAACCUUGUUGUUAGAGGUCCUGGCUGACGACGUUCCGGAGAUUGAAGAGGUUAUCCAAGUGCAACUAACUGAUGCCUCUGAUGGAGGUACUAUUGGGUUAGAUCGAGUGGCAAAUAUUAUUAUUCCUGCCAAUGAUAAUCCUUAUGGUACAGUGGCCUUUGUUCAGACGGUUUAUCGAGUUCAAGAGCCUCUGGAAAGAAGUUCCUGUGCUAACAUAACUGUCAGGAGAAGCGGAGGGCUGUUUGGUCGGCUGUUGUUGUUCUACAGUACGUCUGAUAUUGAUGUAGUGGCUCUUGCAAUCGAGGAAGGUCAAGAUUUACUAUACUACUAUGAAUCGCCAAUACAAGGGGUGCCUGACCCGCUUUGGAGAAUGUGGGUGAAUGUCUCUGCAGUGCGGGAACCCCAGUACACCUGUGCCACUUCGUGCCUCAAAGAACAUGCUUGCUCAGCAUUUUCAUUUUCCAGUGCUUCUGAGGGUCCCCAGUGUUUUUGGAUGACAUCAUGGAGCAGCCCAAAUGUCAACACUUCAGACUUCUGGACCUACAGGAAAAACAUGACCAGGGUAGCAUCUCUUUUUAGCAAUCAGGCUGUGGCUGGGAGUGACUAUGAGCCUGUGACAAGGCAAUGGGCCAUCAUGCUGGAAGGUGAUGAAUUUGCAAAUCUCACAGUUUCUAUUCUUCCUGAUGAUAUCCCAGAGAUGGAUGAGAGUUUCCUAAUUUCUCUCCUUGAAGUUCACCUCAUGAACAUCACAGCCAGUUUUAAAAAUCAGCCAACCAUAGGACAGCCAAAUACUUCUACAGUUGUUAUAGCACUAAAUGGUGAUGCCUUUGGAGUGUUCGUGAUCUACAGUAUUAGUCCCAAUACCUCAGAAGAUGGCUUAUUUGUUGAAGUUCAGGAGCAGCCCCAAACCCUGGUGGAGCUGGUGAUUCACAGGACAGGGGGCAGCUUAGGUCAGGUAACAGUUGAAUGGCGUGUUAUUGGUGGAACAGCUACUGAAGGUUUAGAUUUUAUAGGUGCUGGAGACAUUCUGACUUUUGCUGAAGGUGAAACCAAAAAGACAGCCAUUUUAACCAUCUUGGAUGAUUUUGAACCAGAGGAUGAUGAAAGCAUCAUAGUUAGUUUGGUGUACACCGAAGGUGGAAGCAGAAUUUUGCCCAGCUCUGACACUGUUAGAGUGAACAUUUUGGCCAAUGACAAUGUGGCAGGAAUUGUUAGCUUUCAGACAGCUUCCAGGUCUGUCAUAGGUCAUGAAGGAGAAAUUUUGCAAUUCUAUGUGAUAAGAACACCCCCUGGUCGAGGAAAUGUUACUGUUAACUGGAAAAUUAUUGGGCAAAGUCUAGAACUCAAUUUUGCUAACUUUAGUGGACAACUCUUCUUUCCUGAGGGGUCAUUGAAUAAAACAAUAUUUGUGCAUUUGUUGGAUGACAACAUUCCUGAGGAGAAAGAAGUAUACCAAGUCAUUCUGUAUGAUAUCAUGACACAAGGAGUUCCGCCGGCAGGAAUCGCUCUGCUUGAUGCUCAAGGAUACGCAGCUGUCCUGACAGUGGAAGCCAGUGAUGAACCACAUGGAGUUUUAAAUUUUGCUCUUUCAUCAAGAUUUGUUCUACUACAAGAGGCUAAUGUAACAAUUCAGCUUUUCAUCAACAGAGAAUUUGGAUCUCUAGGAGCUAUCAAUGUCACAUAUGCCACGGUUCCUGGAAUGUUAAGUCUGAAGAACCAAACAGAAGGAAACCUAGCAGAGCCAGAAGUUGAUUUUGUCCCUGUCAUUGGCUUUCUCAUUUUAGAAGAAGGGGAAACAGCGGCUGCCAUCAACAUCACUAUACUUGAGGAUAAUAUACCAGAGCUGGAAGAAUAUUUUCUGGUGAAUUUAACUUAUGUUGAACUUAUCAUGGCUCCUUUAACUUCCUUUCCUCCCAGACUAGAUGCAGAAGGCUUGACUGCGCAAAUUAUUAUUGAUGCCAACGAUGGCGCUAGAGGUGUCAUUGAAUGGCAGCAUAGCAGGUUUGAAGUAAAUGAAUCUCACGGAAGUUUAACAUUGGUAGCCCAGAGGAGCAGACAGGCUCUUGGCCAUGUUUCCUUGUUUGUGUAUGCUCAGAAUCUGGAAGCACAAAUGGGGCUGGAUUACAUCUUUACCCCAAUGAUUCUUCAUUUUGCUGAUGGAGAAAAGCAUAAAAAUGUUGACAUCAUGAUUCUUGAUGAUGGCAUUCCAGAAGGAGAUGAAAAAUUUCAGCUGAUUUUAACAAAUCCUUCCCCUGGACUAGAGCUAGGUGAAAAUACAAUAGCAUUAAUUAUUAUCCUUGCAAAUGAUGAUGGCCCCGGAGUUCUGUCAUUUAACAACAGUGAACACUUUUUCCUAAGAGAACCAACAGCUCUCUAUGUCCAGGAGAGUGUUGCAGUAUUGUACAUUGUUCGGGAACCUGCACAAGGACUGUUUGGAACCGUGACCGUUCAGUUCAUUGUGACAGAAAUGAAUUCUUCAACAGAAUCUAAAGAUUUGACUCCUUCCAAAGGCUAUAUUGUUUUAGAAGAAGGUGUUCGAUUCAAGGCCCUACACAUAUCUGCCAUAUUAGACACGGAACCAGAAAUGGAUGAGCAUUUUGUUUGCACCUUGUUUAAUCCAACUGGAGGUGCUAGACUAGGGGCGCAUGUUCAAACCCUGAUUACAGUUUUGCAAAACCAGGCCCCUCUGGGGCUAUUCAGUAUCUCUACAAUUGAAAAUAGAGCCACCUCCAUAGACGUCGAAGAAUCCAACAGGACUGUGUAUUUAAAUGUAUCACGCACUAAUGGCAUUGAUUUGGCUGUGAGUGUGCAGUGGGAAACAGUCUCUGAAACAGCCUUUGGCAUGAGGGGAAUGGAUCUUGUGUUUUCCAUAUUUCAAACUUUUUUGGAUGAAUCAGCUUCUGGCUGGUGUUUUUUUACUUUGGAAAAUUCAAUAUAUGGUAUUAUGUUAAGAAAAUCAUCUUUUACUGUUUACCGAUGGCAAGGGAUUUUUAUUCCAGUUGAGGAUUUAAAUAUAGAAAAUCCUAAAACUUGUGAGGCCUUUAACAUUGGUCUUUCUCCCUACUUUGUGAUUACUCACACAGAAAGAGAAGAAAAGCCUUCUGUUAACAGUGUAUAUACAUUCACAUCUGGAUUUAAAUUAUUCCUGGUACAAACUAUCAUUAUUUUGGAAAGUUCUCAAGUAAGAUAUUUUACUUCAGACAGUCAAGAUUAUUUAAUUAUUGCAAGUCAAAGAGAUGACUCUGAAUUAACUCAGGUCUUCAGGUGGAAUGGAGAAAGCUUUGUGUUGCAUCAAACACUCCCUGUCCGAGGAGUGCUGAGCAUGGCCUUGUUCAACAGAGGAGGUUCUGUGUUCUUAGCCAUUUCCCAGGUUAAUGCCAGGCUAAAUUUCCUUCUAUUCAGAUGGUCUGGCAGUGGCUUUAAUAACUUUCAAGAAGUGCCAGUCAGUGGGACAACACAAGUCGAGGCUUUGUCUGCAGGCAAUGAUAUUUACUUAAUCUUUGCCAAAAAUACCUUUUUAGGAGAUCAUAAUUCGAUUGAUAUUUUCAUGUGGGAGACAGGACAGUCUUCUUUCAGAUAUUUUCAAUCCUUGGAUUUUACUUCUGUUAACAGGAUCCACUCUUUCACACCAGCCUCAGGAAUAGUUCACAUACUUCUCAUUGGCCAAGAGAGGUCUGCUCUUUAUUGCUGGAAUUCGGAACUGAACCAAUUCUCUUUUGUUCUGGAAGCACCUUCUGCUUAUGAUGCAGCUUCUGUUACAGUAAAGUCCCUUAAUUCAAGCAAGAAUUUAAUUGCUCUAGUGGGAAGUGCCCACUCACAUAUAUAUGAGCUAGUCUACAUCUCCAGCCAGUCUGACUUUAUUCCUAGUUCAGGUGAGCUGAUAUUUGAACCUGGUGACAGAGAAGUUACAAUAGCGGUAAAUAUCCUUGAUGAUAUAGCUCCAGAGGAAGAAGAAUCCUUCAAAGUUCAUCUUAAAAAUCCCAAAGGAGGAGCAGAGAUUGGGAUUAACGGUUCUGUGACAGUAACUAUUCUGUCUAAUGAUGAUGCCUAUGGAGUUGUUGCCUUUGCUCAGAAUUCCUUAUAUAAGCAAGUGGAAGAAAUGGAGCAAGACAGUCUCAUAACCUUGAAUGUUGAGCGUUUGAAAGGAACGUAUGGUCGUAUAACUGUGGUGUGGGAAACUGAAGGAAGUAUUAGUGAUGUAUUUCCUACCUCAGGAGUGAUUUCAUUUACUGAAGGCCAGGCACUGUCAACGAUCACUCUGACUGUUCUUGCUGAUGAUAUACCAGAGUUAUCAGAGGUUGUGAUUGUAACCCUCACCAGUAUCACCACAGAAGGGGUUGAGAUCCCAUCAAAAGGUGCUACUAUUGAUCAGAAAAGAAACAAGUCUGUAAUUACUGUUCUGCCCAGUGACUCACCCUAUGGCUUGGUGGGCUGGCAUGCUGAGUCUCUCUUCGUUAAAGUAGCAGAGCCCAAAGAGAACAUCACCAUUCUUCAGUUACAAAUAGUUCGAGAUAAAGGACUGCUUGGGGACGUUGCCAUUCACUUGAUAGCCAAACCCAAUUUCUCACUGCAUGUCAAUAAUCAAGCUACUGAGAGUGAAGAUUAUGUGCUGCAAGAAACAAUAAUAAUAAUGAAAGAAAACAUAAAAGAAGCUCAUGUUAAAGUUGCCAUUUUGCCGGAUGAUGUUCCAGAGUUGGAGGAAGGAUUUAUUGUCACUAUCACCGAGGUGAGCAUGGUGAACUCCGACUUCUCUGCAGGACAGCCAAGCGUGCGGAGGCCUGGAAUGGAAAUAGCCGAGAUAAUGAUCGAAGAAAAUGAUGAUCCCAGAGGAAUCUUUAUGUUUCAUGUUACCAGAGAUGUUGGUAGAGUUAUAACUGCCUAUGAGGCGCCUCCACCCUUGAAUGUUCUUCAAGUUCCUGUCGUCCGGCUGGCUGGAAACUUUGGGGCAGUGAACAUUUCUUGGAAAGCAACACCAGAUAGUGCUGGUCUGGAAGACUUUAAGCCAUCCCAUGGGAUUCUUGAAUUUGCAGAUGGACAGGUUACUGCAAUGAUAGAAAUCACCAUAAUUGAUGAUGCUGAAUUUGAACUCAUGGAAACAUUCAAUAUUUCCUUAGUCAGUGUGGCUGGAGGUGGCAGACUUGGUGAUGAUGUUGUGGUAACUGUUGUUGUUCCACAAAAUGAUUCUCCGUUUGGAGUAUUUGGAUUUGAAAAAAAGAAUGUAAUGGUUGAUGAAUCCCUUUUGUCUGAUGACCCUGAUUCUUAUGUGACGUUGACAGUUGUCCGGUCUCCUGGAGGAAAAGGAGCUGUUCGACUUCAGUGGGCUGUGGAUGAGAAGGCUAAACAUCAACUCAGUCCUCUGAAUGGGACACUUCAUUUUGAGGAGACUGAAUCCCAGAAGACCAUUGUAUUGCAUGCACUUCAAGACACCCUAUUGGAGGAGGACAGGCGUUUCACCAUUCAGCUGAUAUCAAUUGAUGAGGUAGAAAUAUCUCCAGUAAAAGGUAGCGCAUCAAUAAUCAUUCGAGGAGACAAGGGAGCGUCAGGAGAAGUUGGAAUAGCCCCAUCAUCUAGGCAUGUCCUCAUUGGGGAGCCCUCAGCAAAAUAUAAUGGUACUGCUAUCAUCAGCCUUGUUCGUGGCCCAGGGAUUCUGGGGGAGAUCACGGUGUUCUGGGGCAUAUUCCCUCCUUCUGUGGGGGAAUUUGCUGAAACAUCAGGGAAACUGACAAUGCGAGAUGGACAGUCUGCAGCCAUUGUAGUAAUACAGGCUUUGAAUGAUGAUAUCCCUGAGGAAAAGUGUUUCUACGCAUUUGAGCUGACUGCAGUCAGCGAGGGAGGGGUUCUGAGUGAGUCCAGCAGUGCCAACAUCACGAUGGUGGCCAGUGAUUCUCCCUAUGGCCAAUUUGCCUUUGCACAUGAGCAAAUUCGAGUGGCAGAAGAAGUACAGAGGGUUAACAUCACAAUCAUCCGUUCUGGUGGCUAUUUUGGCCUGGUGAGACUGUGGUAUGAGACUGUGAGCGGAACAGCGGAAGCAGGCUUGGAUUUUGUCUCUGCAGCCGGGGAGCUCCUCUUUGAAGCAGGGGAGAUGGGGAAGAGUCUGCAUGUUGAAAUCCUUAAUGACGACCAUCCUGAAGGCCCUGAGGAAUUUUCUGUCACAAUUACCAAGGUGGAACUCCAGGGAAGAGGGUAUGAUUUUACCAUCCGAGAAAAUGGACUUCAAAUAGAUCAACCUCCUGAAAUAGGGAACAUCUCCAUUGUUCAAAUUGUAAUAAUGAAAAAUGAUAAUGCAGAGGGCAUCAUUGAAUUUGAUCCAAAGUAUACUGCCUUCGAAGUGGAGGAAGAUGUUGGGAUGAUCAUGAUCCCAGUGGUGAGGCUGCAUGGAACCUAUGGCCAUGUGACAGCUGAUUUCAUCUCUCAGAGCUCCUCUGCCCUUCCUGGAGGUGUCGAUUAUAUACUACAUGGCAGUACAGUCACCUUUCAGCAUGGACAGAACUUAAAUUUUAUAAAUAUUACCAUCAUUGAUGACAAUGAAAGUGAAUUUGAGGAGCCCAUUGAAAUUCUGCUCACUGGCGCUACCGGAGGAGCGGUCCUUGGGCGCCACCUAGUGAGCAUAAUCACGAUUGCCAAGAAUGACUCUCCUUUUGGCGUUGUAAGAUUUCUCAAUCAAAGCAAAAUUUCUGUCCCUAACCCCAAUUCCACAAUGAUUUUAUCCUUGGUGCUGGAGCGGACCGGAGGACUCCUGGGAGAGAUUCAGGUGAACUGGGAGAUAGUAGGACCCAAUUCUCAGGAAGCCUUACCACCACAGAACAGAGACAUUGCAGAGCCAGUGAGCGGGUUCUUCUAUUUUGGAGAAGGAGAAGGUGGAGUGAGAACUAUAAUUCUGACAAUCUAUCCUCAUGAAGAAAUUGAAGUUGAAGAGACUUUCAUUAUUAAACUUAAACUUGCAAAAGGAGAAGCUAAAUUAGACUCCAGAGCUAAAGAUGUUACAUUAACAAUACAAAAGUUUGGUGAUCCAAAUGGAGUUGUACAGUUUGCUCCUGAGUCUCUAUCUAAGAAGACGUACUCAGAGCCACCAGCUUUGGAAGGGCCCCUCCUCAUUACUUUCUUUGUCAGUAGAGUCAAGGGCACCUUUGGAGAGAUUACGGUUUACUGGGAAUUAAAUAGUGAGUUUGAUAUUACUGAUGACUUUUCUUCCACAACUGGAUUUUUCACCAUUGCUGAUGGAGAGAGUGAAGCUAGCUUUGAUGUCCAUUUGCUACCAGAUGAUACGCCUGAGGUAGAGGAAGAUUAUUUCAUCCAGCUUGUGUCUGUAGAGGGAGGAGCAGAACUAGAUCCGGAGAAGUGCAUCGCAUGGUUCUCUGUUUAUGCAAACGAUGACCCACAUGGAGUAUUUGCCCUAUAUUCAGAUCGCCAGUCAAUACUUAUUGGGCAGAACCUAAUUAGAUCCAUCCAAAUUAACAUAACCCGGCUUGCUGGAACAUUUGGAGAUGUAGCUGUUGGAUUUCGAAUAUCGUCUGAUCAUAAAGAGCAGCCGAUUGUUGCUGAAAAUGCAGCGAGGCAGCUGGUGAUCAAAGAUGGUGCCAGAUAUAAUGUGGACACAGUGCCAAUAAAGAAUCAGGUCUUCCUAUCACUGGGCUCCAAUUUCACCUUGCAGCUAGUGACUGUGAUGCUUGUUGGUGGACGUUUCUAUGGAAUGCCGACAAUUCUCCAGGAAGCAAAGUCUGCCGUCCUUCCUGUCCCUGAGAAAGCUGCCAAUUCUCAGGUUGGAUUUGAAUCCACUGCUUUUCAACUCAUGGACAUCACGGCUGGCACAAGUCGAGUUAGGGUCUCUAGGAGAGGCACGUAUGGGUCUCUCUCGGUUGCCUGGACUACUGGAUAUGCUCCUGGGUUGGAAAUCCCUGAAUUCAUUGUUGUUGGCAACAUGACCCCAACACUGGGGAGCCUUUCAUUCUCCCAUGGUGAGCAGAGCAAAGAAGUUUUACUGUGGACAUUUCCCACCCCUGGUCGGUCAGAGGCCUUCGUUAUUCACCUUUCGGGAGUGCAGAGCAGUGCUCCUGGGGGAGCUCAACUUCGAUCAGGUUUCACCAUUGCUGAAAUUGAACCAAUGGGAGUCUUCCAAUUUUCCUCUAGUUCAAGAAAUAUCAUCGUGUCAGAGGAUGCACAGAUGAUCAAAUUACAAGUACAAAGGCUGUUUGGGUUCCAUGGCGAUCUUAUUAGAGUUUCCUAUCAGACAACUGCAGGUAGUGCUGAGCCGCUGGAAGACUUUGAGCCUGUUCAGAAUGGGGAACUUUAUUUUCAGAAAUUCCAAGCUGAGGUUGAUUUUGAAAUAAUCAUUAUUAAUGAUCACCUUCCUGAGACAGAAGAAAUUUUCUACAUUAACCUUACUUCAGUGGAAAGUAGAGGAUUACAAAAGCUUGAUGCUAAUUGGAGACCACGCCUGAAUCUAGAUUUCAGUGUUGCAGUGAUCAAAAUAUUGGAUAAUGAUGACCUGGCAGGAGUGGAUGUUGUGGAUGUAGCAGUUGACACAACUUUCAUUUCUGUAGAAACUGACUCCACCACACACCCCGGCACAAGCAAGACAACCGCCAUUCCACAGCCAACUGAUAUGGUUACCACUGUUACCGAGGCAGCUGGUAUAUCUGCUGUCCCUGAGAAACUUGUCACCCUUCAUGGUACACCUGCCACGUCUGAAAGGCCUGAUGUGGCCAUUGUAACUGCCAAUGUUUCCAUUCAUGGAAUGUUUAGUCUCGGGCCACCUGUUGUUUAUGUUGAAGAGGAGACGAAGAAUGGCACAUUCAAUACAGCAGAAGUUCUUAUCCGAAGAACUGGUGGGUUUACUGGCAAUGUCAGUGUAACAGUUAAAACUUUUGGUGAAAGAUGUGCUCAGAAGGAACCAAAUGCAUCGCUCUUUCAUGAUGCCUAUGGAAUUUCCAACCUAACAUGGGCAGUUGAAGAAGAAGACUUUGAAGAACAAACUCUUAUCCUUACAUUUCUAGAUGGAGAAAGAGAACAGAGAGUAUCAGUUCAAAUUUUGGAUGAUGAUGAGCCUGAAGGGCAGGAAUUCUUCUACGUGUUUCUCUCAGAGCCUCGAGGGGGAGCACAGAUCGUGAAGGGAAGGGAUGACACUGGAUUUGCAGCUUUUACCACAGUCAUAAUUGCAGGGAGUGAUCUUCACAAUGGCAUCAUAGGAUUCAGUGAGGAGUCCCAGAGUGGACUAGAACUCUGGGAAGGAGCUGAUAUGAGAAGACUGCGUCUUACUGUCACAAGGCAGCCCAACAGGGCCUUUGAAGAUGUCAAGGUCUCUUGGCGAGUCACACUUAAUGAAACAGCCACCGUGCUUCAGAAAGAUGGGGUAAACCUGAUGGAUGAACUCCUGUCUGUGUCAGGGACCACAACAUGUGUGACCGGUCAAACAAAAUGCUUUAUCAGUGUUGAACUCAAACCAGAGAAGAUAUCUCAGGUUGAAAUGCAUUUUUUUGUGGAACUGUAUGAAGUAACUGCUGGAGCAGCAAUAAACAAUAGUGCCAGAUUUGCACAGAUUAAAAUCUUGCAGCGUGAUGAACCUCGAAGCCUCAUGUAUUUCUCUGUGGGUUCUCGGCUGGCAGUGGCUCACAAGAAGGCCACUUUAAUCAGUUUGGAGGUGGCCAGAGAUUCUGGGACAGGAGUAAUGAUGUCUGUUAACUUUAGUACCCAGGAGUUGAGGAGUGCUGAAACAAUUGGUCGUACUCUUAUAUCUCCAGCUGUUUCUGGGAAGGAUUUUGUGAGAACUGAAGGCACAUUGGUCUUUGAACCUGGCCAAAGAAACACCGUAUUGGAUGUCGUCCUAACACCAGAGACAGGGUCUUUAAAUCCAUUUCCUAAACGCUUCCAGAUUGUGCUUUUUGACCCAAAAGGUGGUGCCAGAGUUGAUAAAGUAUAUGGGACUGCCAACAUCACCCUAGUCUCUGAUGCAGAGUCACAGGCCAUUUGGGGGCUUGCGGAUCAGCUGCACCAGCCCCUGGAUGAGGACAUUCUCAACAGGGUGCUCCACAACAUCAACAUGAAAGUGGCCACAGAGAACACAGAUGAACAACUCAGUGCCGUGAUGCAUUUGGUAGAAAAGAUAGCUGCUAAAGUUAAAAAUCAAGCUUUCAGUGUCAAAAGCCGAACUCUUUUCUAUGAGAUUCUUUGUGCUCUUAUUAACCCAAAGCGUAAGGACACCAGGGGAUUCAGUCACUUUACAGAAGUGACUGAGAAUUUUGCCUUUUCUCUGCUGACUGAUGUUGCCUGUGGCUCUCCUGGUGAAAAAAGCAAAACCAUCCUUGACAGUUGCCCAUAUUUGUCAAUAUUGGCUCUUCACUGGUAUCCUCAGCAAAUCAAUGGGCACAAAUUUGAAGGAAAGGAAGGAGAUUACAUUCGAGUUCCAGAGAGAUUCUUGGAUGUCCCAGAUGCAGAAAUAAUGGCUGAGAAAAGUACAUGUAAAUCAGUCCAGUUCACAGAGUAUAGCAGCCAGCAGUGGUUUAUAACUGGAAACAAUCUUCCUGCACUGAAAAAUAAGGUAUUAUCUUUGAGUGUGAAAGGUCAUAGUUCACAACUCCUGACUAACACCAAUGAGGUUCACUACAGGAUUUAUUCUACCGAAUCUAGAAUUGUUCCUCAGACGUCUCUGUGUCUCCUUUGGAAUCAGGCUGCUGCAAGCUGGUUGUCUGACAGUCAAUUUUGCAAAGUGGUUGAGGACACUUCAGGCUAUGUGGAAUGUGCUUGUUCACACAUGUCCGUGUAUGCUGUCUAUGCCCAGACUGACGACUUGUCUUCAUACAAUGAAGCCUUUUUCUCUUCUGGAUUUAUGUGUAUUUCAGGUCUUUGCUUGGCUGUACUUUCCCACAUCUUCUGUGCCAGGUACUCCAUGUUUGCAGCUAAACUUCUGACUCACAUGAUGGCAGCCAGCUUAGGUACACAGAUUGUGUUUCUGGUGUCUGCCUACGUAAGUCCUCAACUUGCCGAGGAGAGCUGUUCAGCUGUGGCUGCUGUCACACAUUACCUGUAUCUCUGCCAGUUUAGCUGGAUGCUCAUUCAGUCUGUGAAUUUCUGGUACGUGCUGGUGAUGAAUGAUGAACACACAGAGAGGAGAUAUCUGCUGUUUUUCCUUCUGAGUUGGGGACUUCCAGCUUUUGUGGUGAUUCUCCUCAUCGUUAUUUUGAGAGGAAUCUAUCAUCAGAGCAUGCCACAGAUAUACGGACUCAUUCACGGUGACCUAUGCUUCAUCCCAAACAUCUAUGCAGCUUUGUUCACUGCAGCUCUGUUCCCUUGAUGUGCCUCGUGUGUGUUUGUGGUGUUCAUCCACGCCUACCAGGUGAAGCCACAGUGGAAAGCCUAUGACGACGUCUUCAGAGGAAGAACCAAUGCUGCAGAAAUUCCACUGAUUUUAUAUCUCUUUGCCCUGAUUUCUAUGACAUGGCUUUGGGGAGGACUGCACAUGGCAUACAGACACUUCUGGAUGUUGGUUCUCUUUGUCAUUUUCAACAGUCUGCAGGGACUUUACGUUUUUGUGGUUUAUUUCAUUGUACACAACCAGAUGUGUUGCCCUAUGAAAGCCAGCUACACAGUGGAAAUGAAUGGGCAUCCGGGGCCAAGCACAGCCUUUUUCACGCCCGGGAGCGGAAUGCCUCCUGCAGGAGGGGAAAUCAGCAAGUCCACCCAGAAUCUUAUCAGUGCUAUGGAGGAGGUGCCACCUGACUGGGAGAGAGCAUCCUUCCAACAAGCCAGUCAGGCCAGCCCCGAUUUGAAGCCAAGUCCACAAAAUGGCGCCACGUUCCCUUCCUCUGGUGUAUACGGCCAGGGGUCGCUGAUAGCUGAUGAGGAGUCCCAGGAGUUUGAUGACUUGAUAUUCGCGUUAAAAACUGGUGCUGGUCUCAGCGUCAGUGAUAAUGAAUCUGGCCAAGGCAGCCAGGAGGGAGGCACCUUGACCGACUCCCAGAUCGUAGAGCUCCGCAGGAUACCCAUCGCCGACACCCACCUCUAGUGCCCCACUAACCCUUAGACUGAGCAUACUUCCUAUUUGUAUUGGCUUUUGUGCUAAAAUUCUAUAGGUACAUGCAGCUAUGUAGUAGGAAUCUGUGAAUUGAACUGGAUGAUUAACACAGAAGUUAUUGUUGUAUUUGGAAUAUAAAUCACUUACUUUGUGCAACCUGAAAAUUCACUGCUGUAAUGAAAGACUGGAUCAGUUUAUAUCAGUUAAUAGGAUGUACACAUUCAAAGAUUACUAGUUGUUUUUUAAUCAUUCUACAUGGCUAACAUUGUUUAAUGAAAGUAAUAAUCAAUAAAAGCAAUAGAAUCCAUUUAGUA